AUGGUCGCGCCGCCUGGAUGUUGCGAGAUCUGCCAGAUUGCCGAGGUGGUGGCUGACCCACAGCUUCAGAAUCGGUCUGUGCGGAUCACAGGGAGGUUACAAACGUACGACGCGCAACGACAGCUUGCGAUCGUGUCGUUCCAGAACGUUUCCAUGACUGUGGAGACCCAGAGCCUGGCGCUCGAGCACUUGCGUCUGCAAGUCGGGUCCAUGUACCAGUUCCUGGGCGAGACGUACGCGAAGACCGAGCCGGCGGAAGUGCGACUGGUGGCCCGAGUCGCGCGGAACGUGGACAGCUUGGACAUUGACUUGUUCCUUGCAGCGCUGGCCAUGCGGCGACAGUUUCUGGCUGCCCGUGGUUGA